CGGCUUCAUAAACCAUCAUCAUCGAUCAUCAAUUAAUACUGAUCUCCGGAAUAAGGAAAUUUCAAUUUGUCCGUGUAUGGUUAAAAUCUAACCAUAGUUUCUUUUUGAGGACUCAUCUUCGUCACCUGUCAAUUUCUCCCUCUGCGGGAGGGGACUCUUUCUCUUUCUCCUUUCCUCGCAAUUGGGGAUUCUUUCGUGUUUAUCUAUGUCAUUUUUGCAUUCUGUAGUACUUGGCUUGCAUGCUGAUUGUUGCUGCUCCGAUUCGUUAUCGUUACCCAAACUGGACCUUUCUGUUCUUGUUCUUGGCUACAGAACUGAGCGAUGGCGGCUAAGAAGGCCUGCCAAUCCUUUUCCAAGGGAUUGAUCGAGGACGUUCACAGAUGGAGUUGUUUGAAGCAGACGGGGGUGAGCUUGAGGUAUAUGAUGGAAUUUGGGUCCAAACCCACUGAUAGGAAUUUGCUGAUUUCCGCUCAGUUCCUUCACAAGGAGCUUCCCAUUAGGAUUGCUAGAAGAGCUAUUGAGCUCGAGAGGCUUCCAUAUGGAUUAUCUGAAAAACCUGCUGUCCUGAAGGUCCGAGAUUGGUACUUAGAUUCCUUCCGUGAUCUCAGAACUUUUCCUGAGAUCAAGAAUAUGAAUGAUGAGAAAGAAUUCACUGAAAUGAUUAAGGCCAUCAAGGUGAGACACAACAAUGUGGUGCCCACAAUGGCAUUAGGCAUUCAACAGUUAAAGAAAGGCAUGGAUCCAAAGAUAGUUUAUGAAGAUCUUGAUGAUAUUCAGCAGUUCCUUGAUCGCUUCUACAUGUCAAGAAUUGGAAUCCGUAUGCUUAUUGGGCAGCACGUUGAGUUGCACAAUCCCAAUCCUGCUCCGCAUGUUGUAGGUUAUAUUCAUACAAAAAUGUCUCCGAUGGAGGUGGCAAGGACUGCUAGUGAAGAUGCUCGUGUUAUAUGUUAUCGUGAAUAUGGCAGUGCCCCAGAUGUUCAGAUUUAUGGGGAUCCUGGUUUUACUUUUCCGUAUGUUCCCGCUCACUUGCAUCUUAUGGUAUUCGAGCUGGUUAAGAACUCACUGCGUGCUGUCCAAGAGCGAUUUAUGGAUUCUGACAAAGUUGCCCCUCCCAUCAGAAUAAUAGUGGCUGAUGGGGAAGAGGAUGUUACCAUAAAGGUUUCAGAUGAGGGAGGUGGAAUUCCAAGAAGUGGCCUUCCCAAAAUUUUUACAUAUCUCUACAGUACUGCUAGAAACCCAUUGGAUGAGCAUUCAGAUAUUGGAACAGCUAAUGCUGUGACAAUGGCUGGAUAUGGAUAUGGUCUUCCUAUUAGCCGCUUGUAUGCUCGGUACUUUGGGGGUGAUCUUCAAAUCAUCUCUAUGGAAGGAUAUGGGACCGAUGCGUAUCUGCAUUUAUCUCGUUUGGGUGGUUCUCAGGAACCUUUGCCCUGAAAGUAAUUAUUCUGGUUCCUCCUAACUCCAAGUUACCACAAGUUACUGGAGGAAGCACUUUGCAAGAUAAAAGGAUUGUGACUCCAGAAAAUAACAAAUUUACUGUCAAUCUUCCAUUCUUCUAAUCGGUAAUUUUCUUGUAGAUAUGACAUUAUACAAUGCUCGACGAUUAUGCAUGAGAAAUGAUUCUCUCGUUCCCGUUACAUCGAGCUUUUGGCAGUUGCCCAAUUUCUAUCGGAAAUAGAAUUUCUGUCGUAUUUGGC